AUGGAGCUGCUGUCCUACUGCUGCUGUAGGAUGGAGCUGCUGUCCUACUUCUGCUGUAGGAUGGAGCUGCUGUCCUACUUCUGCUGUAGGAUGGAGCUGCUGUCCUACUUCUGCUGUAGGAUGGAGCUGCUGUCCUACUGCUGCUGCUGUCCUACUUCUGCUGUAGGAUGGAGCUGCUGUCCUGCUGUAGGAUGGAGCUGCUGUCCUAGGAUGGAGCUGCUGUCCUACUUCUGCUGUAGGAUGGAGCUAGGAUGGAGCUGCUGUCCUACUUCUGCUGUAGGAUGGAGCUGCUGUCCUGCUGCUGUAGGAUGGAGCUGCUGUCCUACUUGUAGGAUGGAGCUGCUGUCCUACUGCUGCUGGAUGGAGCUGCUGUCCUACUUCUGCUGUAUGGAGCUGCUGUCCUACUUCUGCUGUAGGAUGGAGCUGCUGUCCUACUGCUGCUGUAGGAUGAUGGUAGGAUGGAGCUGCUGUCCUACUUCUGCUGUAGGAUGGAGCUGCUGUCCUACUGCUGCUGUAGGAUGGAGCUGCUGUCCUACUUCUGCUGUAGGAUGGAGCUGCUGUCCUAGGAUGGAGCUGCUGUCCUGCUGUAGGAUGGAGCUGCUGUCCUACUUCUGCUGUAGGAUGGAGCUGCUGUCCUACUUCUGA